AUGUCAGGCCCAGAUCUUCGCAAUAUCCCAAAUGACGUGCUCUUCAAUGAAGUCAAGCGCAGAUUUGAUUGCUCUUUCAAACCUAAAGGAAAAGUAAUCUUGACUGGACCUCCAGGCUCUGGCAAAGGUACUCAAGCUCCUCAAUUAAGCCAAGAGAAUUGUUGGUGUCAUCUUUCUACUGGCGAUCUUCUUACUCUUUCACUUAAAAAUGUUUUUUAGCAUUAAAUACAGCAUGAUUUAUUUAUUAUUAAAUUUAUAAUAAAAUUUUAUUAUCUUACACAAAAAAUGUUUUUAAAAAAAUUUUAAAUCUUACCCAACAAUAAUUGGCUGAGCUAGAGACGAAGUAUCAAGAGGUACCGAGCUCGGCAAAAAAGCGAAAGAAAUCAUGAAUCAAGGCGCCCUUGUAUCUGACGAUAUUGUCAUAGGAAUGAUCAAAAACAAGCUUAAAGAGCCUAUCUGCAGCCGUGGUGCCAUUUUUGAUGGGUUCCCAAGAACAGUUCCACAAGCUGAAGCUUUAGACAAAAUGCUUGAAGAAGAAGGCAGCAAAAUUGAUAAAGUCGUUGAGUUUAACAUCCCAGACGAGAUUUUGGUAGAAAGAAUUACUGGACGAAGAGUUCACCUUGCCAGUGGAAGAUCUUACCACGUCAAAUUUUCACCUCCAAAGGUGCCUGAUGUUGAUGAUAUCUCUGGAGAGCCUUUAAUCCAAAGGAAAGAUGACACUGCAGAAGUUCUCAACAAGAGACUUCAAGCCUAUCAUUCAACUACAACUCCAAUUCUCAACUAUUAUUCUCAGAAAGGACUUUUGGCUACUAUUAAUGCCAAUCAGCCAGUGAAAACUGUAUGGGAAGAUCUUUUGAGAAACAUCAGCCCAUAA